AUGAAGAAGCAUAAAUCCUUGCCAUACUUUUAUCUCGUUAAACAGAUCACAACUGAGGCUGAGGGUGGUGUCUGGAGUCAGGAAACUUCCUCAGCUCGUAACUAUCAGCCUCCCCAUGGAAUGAGCCGCAGCGCUACAACUAGUAGUCUUCCAUCUUCCAAACCCCUUGGUAUUAGUCGACAGGGCGCCUCUAGUGCUGUCUCCAUCAAAAAUUCGGAUCUGGAAUCUUGGCUCAAUGAACCCGAUCUUAAGGCCCGAACAGAGGAUUUCUUUGCUCGCCAAAUGGUGGAGAAUUCAACCAGACCUAGGUGUGUGGUGAGAAUAUAUUUGUACUAA